UGAACCAGGAUAAAAUUCGGUGUGCUCCUUCCUUACGCUCUUUACUUUAACGCUCUCGUUUUAAUUUCCUGCAAUUUUGUUUUAAACGCUAUUCACCCCCCCUCUAGCGUUGGGCCUUUAUUCUAACAAUUGGUAUCGGAGCCAUACUCUCUGAAAGACUUAACCGUUUGAGAGAAACGAUCAAUGGCUUCUACUCAAAAUUUAUACGCAGGUUUAGGAGAAGAGCAAUCCACCACGAGGCCUCCAUUAUUUGAUGGAACGAAUUACACAUAUUGGAAGGAGCGAACGAGAAUUUUCAUCCAAUCCAACAACUUUCUCCUAUGGAGAAUUAUCAAGAAUGGGGAAGAAGUGCCCAUGAAAAAAGUUGGGGAAACCACCGUUCCCAAAACCGAAGACGAAUACGAUGCGCAGGAUAUCAAGAAAAUAGAGUACAACGCCAAGGCUAUCAACAUUCUUUAUUGUGCAGUAAAUCCGGAUGACUACCGGAAAAUUUCAUGUUGUUCCACCGCUAAGGAUAUGUGGGAUAAGCUCAAAAUCACUUAUGAAGGUACGAAUCAAGUCCGAAAAGCUAAAAUAGAUUUUCUAACCCAUGAGGGCCUCACACCGGAGUGGCGUUCCAAGGCCGAUGCCAUUCAAGAAUCUAUCGGCAUCACCAACGUCACCAUCGACGGACUUAGUGAACGCGGCAAGAACGCCGCCUCCUCCUCAGCUCCUCCACCACCGGCGCACAAGUACCUCGAUGGGUCGUUCCUUUGGUUCAACGACCGCGCAGAGGCGACGCGGUUCUCGGAGAAGUUUGAGCACCGGGAAAUUCUCCCUCCCCGAUUUUCCACCGCCCGCUUCAUUCAUGAUUCCAUUCCAUGUGAGACACGGGUUAUCCUCGAAUGUGGAAACUUCCUCGACCUCCUCUACAUCAAGAAGGCUCAUUACCACCCUUUUCUUGUUCGAGCUUUCUACUCGAAUUUGAAAAAGGAUGAGGACGGAGCGUUGAUUUCUAACGUCAAUGGGGUGGACAUCUAUUUGAAUGAGGAAAGGAUUCAAAUCCUCACCGGGUUUCAUCGGGACGGACAGGAUCUCGGGCUCUACAUCGGAGAAGAAGGAGCGCGGUUCAACGAGACCGCCCUCUUGGAGGAAGUGGGCAUCCGAAACUUCGUCCCCACUUCCCAAAAGCGGCGCCCUACGAUUGCUUACAUAAGUCCCGUGUUUCGAUUCAUUUUUUAUGUUUUGACACAGAUUCUCAAGCCUAGGAAGUUCAAUCACACCACUCUCCCAGGAGGACACGAAGACAAUUCAUGCGAUGAUUCACAACGCCAAUCUCAAUUGGUGUAAAUUUGUGAUGACUCUGUUAGCCUUGGUUUGCUAAGCCUCAUGUUUUGAUGUUAACAAACAAUAUAAGAGCUUAACGUUU